AUCGCGCCACUGCACUCCAGCCUGGGCAACAAGAGUGAGAUUCUGUCUCAAAAAAAUAAAAAAAUAAAUAAGUGAGGAAGGGCCUUAUACAGGGUGUUACAUAAUAAAUGCUGGUUUCCACUCCUUCUUCUCUCCCCUCACCUGGGACCUGGUAAAUUUCCGGUCCUCACCCCUCGACUCGACUCUGGCCCUCUCUUGGAAAACAAGAACAGGUCCGGCACCCAGGCACAGAUGCAGGCUGGGAAGAACACAUGUGUCAGAGGCUUGGGUGGCCUUUACUACUCUAGUGAAAGUUAAUAGGUUACCUUUGUAUGGGCCCCCCUUUCGCAAUCCGGAGCUGGGCAUCUGGUUACAGAUUUACUUCGAACAAUGCCUGAUAUGUGGAGUAAAGUCCUCCUCCUUGGCCUUCGUAAAGUCAUCCCCUCUUCUCCUCAGGAACAACUCAAACCUGUGCCCCAGAGAUGAGGGCCCAGGAGGACCCCAAGGGCCGGACACAGCACUACCUGACAUGCUUCAGUGGCACCAUCGCCGUGCCCUUCCUGCUGGCCGAGGCGCUGUGUGUGGGCCAUGACCAACACAUGGUCAGUCAGCUCAUCGGCACCAUCUUCACAUGCGUGGGCAUCACCACUCUCAUCCAGACCACCCUGGGCAUCCGGCUGCCUCUGUUCCAGGCCAGUGCCUUUGCAUUUCUGGUUCCAGCCAAAGCCAUAUUGGCUCUGGAGAGAUGGAAAUGCCCUCCGGAAGAGGAGAUCUACGGUAACUGGAGUCUGCCCCUGAAUACCUCUCAUAUCUGGCACCCACGGAUACGGGAGGUCCAGGGUGCAAUCAUGGUGUCCAGCGUGGUGGAGGUGGUGAUUGGCCUGCUGGGGCUGCCUGGGGCCCUGCUCAACUACAUUGGGCCUCUCACAGUCACUCCCACUGUCUCCCUCAUCGGCCUCUCUGUCUUCCAAGCUGCUGGCGACCGAGCUGGCUCCCACUGGGGCAUCUCAGCUUGCUCCAUUCUCCUGAUCAUCCUCUUCUCCCAGUACCUGCGCAACCUCACCUUCCUGCUGCCUGUCUACAGCUGGGGCAAGGGCCUCACUGUCCUCCGCAUCCAGAUCUUCAAAAUGUUUCCUGUGAGGACCUGGAAGAUCAUGCUGGCCAUCAUGACCGUAUGGCUGCUCUGCUAUGUCCUGACCUUGACGGACGUGCUGCCCACAGACCCGAAAGCCUAUGGCUUCCAGGCACGAACUGAUGCCCGUGGUGAUGUCAUGGCUAUUGCGCCCUGGAUCCGAAUCCCCUACCCCUGUCAGUGGGGCCUGCCCACAGUAACUGCGGCUGCAGUCCUGGGAAUGUUCAGCGCCACUCUAGCAGGCAUCAUUGAGUCCAUCGGAGACUACUACGCCUGUGCGCGCCUGGCUGGUGCCCCACCCCCUCCAGUACAUGCUAUCAACAGAGGCAUCUUCACCGAAGGCAUUUGCUGCAUCAUCGCGGGGCUAUUGGGCACGGGCAACGGGUCCACCUCCUCCAGUCCCAACAUUGGCGUCCUGGGGAUUACCAAGGUGGGCAGCCGGCGCGUGGUGCAGUACGGUGCAGUUAUCAUGCUGGUCCUGGGCACUAUCGGCAAGUUCACUGCCCUCUUCGCCUCGCUCCCUGACCCCAUACUGGGGGGCAUGUUCUGCACUCUCUUUGGCAUGAUUACAGCUGUGGGGCUGUCCAACCUGCAGUUCGUGGACAUGAACUCCUCUCGCAACCUCUUCGUGCUCGGAUUUUCCAUGUUCUUCGGGCUCACGCUGCCCAAUUACCUGGAGUCGAACCCUGGCGCCAUCAAUACAGGCAUUCUUGAAGUGGAUCAGAUUCUGACGGUGCUGCUGACCACGGAGAUGUUUGUGGGCGGGUGCCUUGCUUUCAUACUUGAUAACACAGUGCCAGGGAGCCCAGAAGAGCGUGGUCUGAUACAGUGGAAGGCUGGGGCUCAUGCCAACAGUGACACAUCUUCCAGCCUCAAGAGCUACGAUUUCCCCAUUGGGAUGGGCAUAGUAAAAAGAACUGCUUUUCUGAAAUAUAUUCCUAUCUGCCCAGUCUUCAAAGGAUUUUCAAGUUCAAAAGAUCAGUUUCCAAUUCCAGAAGACACUCCAGAAAAUACAGAAACUGCAUCUGUGUGCACCAAGGUCUAAAAAAUGACUUCCAGGAAAGGUAGGAUGUGUCUAUAGUUUUUGUGAGAGGGUUGAAUAAUCAAAACAUUCUUAUGCUUUAAAUCAAAGAAAAACCAAACUACUAAGUUUCCUUUCCUGCAACCUGUUUGAAUGUCCUCAAAGAGAUGGUGAACUGGGUAAAAAGUCAAUAUAUGGAUUUUGGCUGGAAAUCCUUUGCCAUUUCAUAGUAAGAGCAGAACUUCUCAACUGGCAUGGGCCACUAAGAGGCUACAAGUAUGCUGAAAUGCAGAUCCUCUAGUCUUCCAUAUACCUGGGCAAAAUCUGGGCCAACUGGAGUCCUUGAGCUAAGAACUCCAGCCACGGGCAACCUCAUUCUUGUACUCCAGUAUCUUAAACUAGUAUCACUUUGAUAUGUAACAUGGAAAAGGUUGAGAAGUACAGCACAAGAACAGGAAAAAUCCUCGCAUAUACACUGCACCUUAUUUCAAUAACAUCAUAAAAUUAAAACCCUCUAAAAACAGGAUGCCUUUAUCCUAAAAUGAUGUCUGUACAGGCCCUGAUGAGGUGAUUAUUUGUCCUUAGGGCUUCGUAACGCAUGGGCAGCUGAUGCUCAGAAACCUUCUGUCACUAUCUGAAUGCAGAUGCCUGGCUCUUUAAACACUGACAUGGUUUCAAAGUGCAUGUUCCCUCAAACAGAAAAGUUCCCAAAAAGAGAGGUUAGCCUAAAUGACUCCUCAUAGUAAAAAUAACAACACUUAAAACAGGACUUUCUAUGUGCCAGAGACUGUCUUAAAUGCUUAUAUGUAUUAACUACUCACAUAAUCCAGAGACAGUUAUUACUGCCAUUUUAGAGAUGUGGAAAGGAAGGGUUAAGUGACAUGGCCAUGAUCACAGGAUUCACAUCCAGGAAGUCUGGCUAGAGCCCCCUUUUCUUUUUAAAAAUUUUUCCACAACAAAGGCUACAUUUGAGAAUCUUUAUUCUUGUGAGAGAUCACCUGAGGUCAGGAGUUUGAGACCAGUCUGGCCAACACAGCAAAACCCCGUAUCUACUAAAAAAAUAUAAAAAUUAGCCAGGCAUAGUGGUGCACACCUGUAAUCCCAGCUACUAGAGAGGCUGAGGCAGGUGAAUUGCUUGAACCUGGGAGGUGAAGGUUGCAAUGAAGUGAGAUGGCGCCACUGUACUCCAGCCUGAUCAACAGAGCGAGGCUCCGUCUCCAAAAACAAACAAAAAACCCACACACUGGGGCACAGGUGCACACACCAAAGAACCCCUCUCCCAGAAGAAUGUGAGUCAGAAAUGACUACAUGGCUUUCUUAAUCUUUUUCAACCUAACAAGCUCAAGAAGAGCCCUUGUGAAAAACAAAAGACAAUGGAGGUUCUAUUAAAGUAAGGUCACCAUCAUAUUGGUCAGUCAUAAAGUUUCUUACAUGGCUGUCUAGGAUUCCUCUGACACUGCAGCCUGAGGUGAUUAAGAAGCAAGGAUGGGCAAUGGAUUAUUCUACUGCUGUAUUCUGAACAGAUACCUGCACG